AUGCCCCAUCAUCUCGGUUUAGCGCCGAUCUCCGUCCCUCUUGACGACCUCCAUGACGCUCUCAGCUGGCAGCACGUUCUCUUCCCUCAAGGAAGGCCCAACACCCCCAGCUCUGCGUCUCUCAAGUCAGCAGACGGUCUCAGCACGGCUUCUUGCCCCUCGGACGAUGACGACCUCCUCCAACAUCCAUGGACCGCGGAAGAAGCGGCAGUCCACGCCAGGGUGGAGCAGGACAAGUUUAUCUCCCUUCCUUCCAACUUCAAGCUGGAGACCAGACGAGUCAGCCUCGUCAUUCGCUGCGCUGGUCCGGAGGGCAUGCUGCUGCGCAGCCUGGAGGAGGCUCUGCACAAGCAUGGUGGCUCCUUCUUCGAGACGGAGGCUGGAGAAGAUGUUUCUAAGGCUGUAGUGGAUGCUGUAGAGAUCCGGUGA